AUGUCUAUGCGAAUUGUUUAAUCUACAAAAAAAAUACUAGAUAUGUCACAUCCUAGUUAGACUAUGCUAAAUGGCCAAAGACCUAGUAUGUCUUUAAUGCCAAAAGAAAAAGUUAUAAUAGGAUUGAAUUCUUAAUUAGUAUUGAAUUCUAAAUAAGAAUUGAAUUCUAAAUAAGAGAAAAAAACUAAUAAAAUUUUUAUCAAAUUAGAUGAACAUAUCAAAAAUUCUAUUGUUGAAUAAAAAGUUGAAUAAAACAAUCCUAUUGUUGAAUAAAAUUAUCCCAUAUAAUGUCCAAUAAAUCCUAAAGAGGAUCAAUAAAAAAAUAAAGAAACUAAAAUUUCAAUGGAAAUUACUCAUACUCAUUUUGAACUUAAGGUACCCAAAAUUAUUGUACCAAAAUCAUUAGAGAUUCCAAAAAUCUUAUUACCUUCUUAAAUUAAAAUUGAAUAAGAAGAUAAAUUAAUGAAUUAUAAUUAAACAAAUUUACUUAAGUAAUAAUUGAUUUAGAUUAAAAAAUUUAAUGAACCUAUUCAAUUACUAUUAUAAGAUAAUGAUAAACGAAAAAAGUAUUACUCGAGAGCAUAAAGAGAAAAGGAAGAUGUAAUUCAUUGGGGUCAAAGGAAAUUACUUAUUAGUGAGAUUUGGUUUUUGACAAAGUAUGGUUGUUUAUCUAGGAAUAUUAUAUAUGCAGGAGCAGCUCCAGGAUUUCACAUAUCAUUGUUAUCCGAUUUAUUUUAAAAUCACAAAUUUUAUUUAUUUGAUCCAAAUGACUUUUAAGUUAAAUAGGGACCAAAGAUUACUAUUUACUAACGUUGUUUUACAAACGAAGAAGCCUAAAAAUUUAAGGAAUUAUUUUAGGUAUGAAUUAAUUAACAAGAAUGAUUAUCUAUUCAUUUCAGACAUUCGAACUGCCAAUUUUAAAAGUAUGACCCCUGUAGAAAAUGAGUAAGCAGUACUAAGAGACAAUCAAUUAUAAAUGGAAUGGGUUAAAAUCCUCAAACCUUAAAAAGUAUCAUAAUCUUAUAUCCAUUAAGGCUAUGUUGAAAUUUCGUUGUGCUUACCCUACUGAAAUCAAUGAACCAACUGAAUUCUUUGAAGGUGAAAUCUAUAUACAAGCUUGGGCACCAGCAUCAUCCACAGAAACAAGAUUGAUACCUUAUAACUAUGUCAAUACUAUAUUCUAUGAUAAUGUUAAAUAUGAAGAGCAAAUGUUCUAUCAUAAUGAUGUUGUAAGAAAAAAAUAGAAAGGUUCAUUAAGUUGGGAUGAUAGAGCAGAAACUGAAGUGUUAAUUGAGUAUCUACGUAAUUCAGGAAUCAAUGAAAACCAAAUAAUUAAAUAAGUAAAUAUAAUAAAAGAUUAAAUUACAAAAAAAUUGAAUUAUUAAUGA